AACAGGCGCGUGUAAUAAAUCCUGAGAAGCGCGAAUCACGCGCACGCUGGAUUAGAGGAGCGACCCUGUAAUCAAAGCGCUGCCUUUUAACACCUUCCAAACGGCGCUAAAGAGUCUUUUUGCCGACUCGUCGGUAUCAGUCUGGCUCCACGCUCCCUAUCGCCGCGCUCUUUGGCUGCAGCGAAGCUGCAAACGUUGCGCAAACCCUCCCUCCCUCCAGCUGUUCCUGUAAAGCCUCCGGCUGCAGGACAUUCCCCCGGCUGCCCCUCUCCCAGAGCCUCAGCUCCCCUGUUUGCUCAGACCCCUUCCGCUCCACGUGAUGCUUCGGGCCAAAACUCGGCUUAAUCACCCCUGGGCCGGCGCUGAGUCCGCAGCGCUGGUUGCGACUCCUCCAGCAUGAUCGUCAGCUUGACGCUCCGGGCGCUCGUGAUGCUCCCCUUGGGGUUCUGCUGGCCGUCGGCUUUCCAAGAGAAAUUUCUCGGCGCUUUGGAUGCAGAAGAUGUUUUCUCUUAUUUUGGAACCAGCUCAGUGUCUGAUGUACCUGAGUUUGUUGUUGCUGAGCCAACUUGCCCUUGUAAAGAAGAGCAGAAUGGGCUGGUGUCCUGUCGCGUUCAACAUUGCUCCAUUGAGGCCUGGGGAGAACUCUACGCCUUUGAAUUUCUCGAGGACCAUGCCCUCCUUUCCUCUUCCUUUGUGAGCAAGCAAGUGGUGAACUCUUCCUUUGACUUACUGAAGCGAUUCUUGGGCAACUGCUUUGCAGGUGGAAAUUCUCUGCAGCCUCCUGGGGCGAAGUGUAGAGUCACAUACUGUGAAGGGCAGCUGCAAGGAGUCGUCAUUGCAGAUGAGGAAAAGAUUCAUAUCAGGCCUGUCAGAAGCAAAGAUUUGGCCCUGCUGAAGGACCUUGGCUUCUCCAGACCCCACAUUCUCUUCAGACGUGCCACAAGAGAGGGAAAUACAGCAAGAGGGCGGUUUCCUUCUCGCCUGCAGAAGAGGGCUGAGGGAGCUGUCAAACAUCUGGAGCUGAUGGUCGUAGCAGGUCCAGAUGUUUACUUGUACCACAAAGAGGACACGGAGCGAUAUAUUCUUGCCAACCUGAACAUCGGGGCAGAGCUGCUGAGAGACGCCUCGCUGGGGGCUCAUUUCAGGGUUCAUCUUAUGCAAAUGCUGGUUUUGAGAGAACCAGAGGCAGAGGUGAACAUCACCACAAAUAUCACCUCCUCGCUGAUCAGCGUUUGUGAGUGGAGCAAGAAGGUCAAUCCCCAGAAUGACUCUGACCCCCAGCACGCUGACAUUGUCCUCUACAUCACCAGGUUUGACUUGGAGUUGCCUGAUGGGAACAAGGAGCUACGUGGAGUAACUCAGUUAGGGGGAGUCUGCUCCUCCUUCUGGAGCUGUGUUAUUACCCAGGACACCGGCUUUGACCUUGGAAUCACCAUAGCCCAUGAGAUUGGGCACAGUCUGGGAAUCCCCCAUGACGGUGAGGGGAACCGGUGCAGCAGCAGUGGGUACAUCAUGGGGUCAGCAGGAAACCACAACAGCAUUGACCUCACCUGGUCGCAGUGCAGCCGGGAGGAGUUCCUGGCCUUUGUCAGCACAGGCCAAACAAACUGCUUAAAUGACCUGCCGGACAUGGACGGCAGCAUCCCUGGAUGGAAGCCCGGGUUGUAUUACGGAGCAGAUGAGCAGUGUAAAAUAGCCUUUGGGAGUGUUGCCACAGCGUGCACCUUUGCUGACAGCAAUGUUGACAUAUGUGAAGUUCUCUCAUGCCACGUACAACCAGGAGAUGAAUCCAGCUGUGCUCGGCUUCUUGUUCCCCUCUUGGAUGGUACCGAGUGUGGAAUCAACAAGUGGUGCUCCAAGGGCCAGUGCAGCUCUCUGGAAGAACUGAACCCCAUGGCUGUCGUCCAUGGGCAGUGGUCGGUCUGGAGCCCCUUCUCCUCCUGCUCCCGCAGCUGCGGAGGUGGAGUUGUGCUGCGGCAGCGGUUCUGCAACAACCCCAGGCCUGCUUUUGGGGGGCAGGAAUGCCGUGGCGCCAGCAUCCAGGUGGAGAUGUGCAAUACUCAGGCCUGUUCAGUGACCGAGCAGGACUUUAUGGCUGAACAAUGUGCAGCAACAAACUUAAAGCCACUGUAUCUCACUGGAGAAGCACCAUCCUUUUAUAACUGGACUUCUGCUGUUGGCUUUGCCAAAGGGGACAUGCUGUGCAAGCACAUGUGCAGGGCCAUGGGAAACGAAUUCAUGGUGAGCCGCAAGGGCAGUUUCAUCGAUGGAACGAGAUGUGAGCAGGAUGAGUCCGAGCGCCGCGGGGCUUUCAAUCUGUGUGUAACGGGAACCUGCAGAGCAUUUGGCUGUGAUGGCCAGAUGGACUCCAAGAAGAUAAUGGACUCUUGCAAGGUCUGUGGGGGUGAUAAUACCACUUGCACCAAAGUGAGCGGAUCUUACACAGAAGGAAAAGCUAAAGAGUACAUUACAUUUCUCUCCCUGCCUUACAACACCACCUCUGUCCAUGUUACCAAUCAGAGACCACUCUUCACACAUUUGGCUGUGAAGGUGAAAGGAGAGUAUGCGGUGGCUGGAAAAGGAAAAAUCUCUCAGAAUGUCACCUACCCGUCAGUUCUGGAAGACAGCCAGAUCAUAUACAAAGUGUUUCUCACCGAGGACAACCUGCCAAGCCUGGAGGAAAUCCAUGUGGAUGGGCCAACGCAAGAAGAAAUUGAAAUACAGGUCUAUCGAAGGUAUGCAAAAGAAUACGGCAAUGCCACCAACCCAGACAUCACCUUCAGCUACUUUGUCCCCAAAGAGAAUCUGACCUAUGUGUGGAUUCCUCAGCGGGGACCGUGUUCGGUGACCUGCGGGGAAGGUGAGAGGCAGCUACAGUAUGUAUGUGUGGCUUUUGACACCAAAGAAGAAACCCAAGAAGAAAACUGUCGUCCAGUGCCAAAGCCGGAGAGCAGGAUGGAAAUCUGCGAUCUCAGACCCUGCCCGCCAAGAUGGAAGGUAACUCCAGCUGGCCCCUGUUCCUCCAGCUGUGGGCUCGGCUUAGCUGUUCAGCUGGUCACCUGUGUGCAGAUUCACCAAGGCAAGGAGAUGUUGCUGGAGGAGCGUUUGUGUCCUGUGGCAGAGAAGCCCCUUACCAGUGUCCCCUGUGUCAUCCGAAUGUGCUCUUAUGAAUGGAGCUUUAGCGAGUGGACAGAGUGUUCAACUUCGUGUGGGAAUGGCAUCCAGACACGGCAGGAUUUCUGCCUCAACCCGCUCACCCGUAAGCAGGUGAACCCCGUCUUCUGCAGGCACUUCCCCAAGGCCAUUGUGGUACGCGGCUGCUCCGCAGGGCUCUGUCCUGAGCAGGCAAUGGGGACCGUGUCCCACGGAGCAGGACUGCAGACGGUGACACCAGCCCUGCCGACAACAACCACAACUGCCAAAGAGGCGAGAUACAAGGAUCUGGAUCUUCCUCCAUCUGCUGUGCCAGUUGUGCCUGAGGAGCAGGCAGAGACCGGUGGAGGUGUCUGUGGAAAGCUCUUUCUUAAUGCCACCGGGGUCAUCAACAUGACGGGUGUCGAGAGCAGCGACUGCACCGUGGCCAUCGGACGUCCCCUUGGGGAGGAGAUAACGCUCCGUGUCCUGGAGAGCUCCCUCAACUGCAGCGCAGGUGAGAUAGUGCUGUUUUCUGGGCGAAUGAUGUGGCGGACGGGCUGCAGGAACCUCCCUUUGUCACUGAUAAAUUCCAGAACGAACACACUGAUUGUGAAACAGCGCGUUUCGCUGCCAGGAAAUGGGGUCAUUCUUCAGUACAACAGCAGAACUGCAACUAAAAAGUAUUACCAAGACUGUGACAAGCAGCUGUUUGGUCCCCACGGUGAAAUAGCGAAUCCUGUGCAAUUGCCUGUUCAGAGACAAGAAGUAGUGUGUCGGACCUUCAUCAACGUGGCUCCUCGGCAUCGCGUCGCUAUCCGUGCCCUAAAUAUUGACUUGGGCAAUGAGAGCAACCAGACACAUUUUAAUUACAUCCUGGUCCGCGAUGUAAGCACCAUGAAGACGAUGGUGUUCCAUGGGAAACAACAAUUCUUCUGGCAAUCAACAGGAAGCCAAGCUGAAAUCGAAUUUCAUGAGAAUGUUAAGGAUUACCAAACCAGUUUCUGGGCUGAAUACUAUGCUAUUGAGCCCAAAUAAAAGGGGUCAGGGCCACUGAGUAUGGCUGUGGGCCAGUUAGUGACUGCUGCUCGUUCACUGCUCGAGGUCACAUUUAAUCUCUUUGCAAAUGCUUCCCCAUCUAUUAAGCAAAAGCAGUAAUAGCUACUGAUUCCUUUGGGAUCUCAGUAUUUAUAAAGGUUAUGUAAAAGACAUGUAACUACCAAAUAUUUAGCAAAUAGCCCUCAUACAGAUUUUCUGUCUGUGUUGAUUGGUAUUAAUGCAGUUUAUGUGUCUGCAGUUAGUGACUUGGACUCUGAAGUCUCAAGGUCCUGCUUCUGUAAUACACUGUGACCUUUUAGGAUAGUCAUUUAAUUACUCAGUGCCCUGUUACAAACCUCUGUAUACCACAAGUAGCCACAAUUAUGGUUUAGCUGUUAAAGAAAUGCCGCUUAAAACUGAGGCCUGUUGAAAUUCUGCAAUGUUAUAAAGAAGACGAAGAUGUGUACGAGGAAAAAAUGCUAGAACAAGAAGAAUAAAGAUGUAUGAGGACAAGACAGUUUCUUUGCCCAGGAGGGUAGUGCAGCACAAGGAGAGGUCACCCAGAAAAGCUGAUGGAACCACCGUCCCUGAACACUGACCAAGGCACAACUGAGCUGGUCAAGCCCUGGUGACAGUUGGCUCUGAUGUCUAAAUGAUAUCUAGAGGUUCACUUCCCCACCACCCCUUCUGUGGUUCUACUAUUAUAUAUGGCAGUGAUAUGAGUACUUCUUUUCUAUGGGAAAAUAAAGUAAUUCUGUCACUUAAUGAUGGGUUUAGUGCCAAGACUUAUUUACACAGAUAGUAACAGUAGCUAUGCUAUUAAUCUGCUUGUAUCUUCAUCUCACAGGAACUGUGCAGUGAGAGAUUGUUGAGACUGCAUGAUACAAGUUGUAGCAGGAAGAGGUAUUUUAGAGCAAUGACAAACAGUCAUGUUUGAUUUAAAUACAUUUUUAAGGUGUUUGUUUUUUUUUUUUUAAUAUCUUGAACAUUGCACUGUGCUUUGGUCCAAAUCUAUCAUCCUCCUCAAAAUCACAAUAUACUGCUUAAGGGGUCUUUUCCGCACCUGGAGCCUGGCUGGACACAUCUGCCCUUGCUCUUCACGCUGGAUUCAAUAAAUGGUUCUGCCUGAGCAGUUUUAA